AUGUUCGUACGUAAUAAAUGGGCCAAAUUAAAGCCUGACGAAGAAAACAAAAAAGAGCAAACCACUCACCUUUCUCCCAUUUGUCAGUUUCUCUCUUCACAGUCUUCUCUCCUUUGCUCUCACAAGUACUACUCAUCAGUCUCCGGCGUCGUCUCAUCUCCCGUAAUCCUCGUCGUUUACUCUGUUGGUUUCGGUAUGGGUUCCAGAGGUGAUUCAAAGUCUAAGGGGAAGAGCGUCUCUUCAGAUGUUGAACAGUUGGUGAAAGGUUUCUCAGAGACAAAGCUGGCUCCUUCACAAGACGAUGGAGGAGAGUGGGAGGUUAUCUCAAAAAGGAACAAGAACAAGCCUGGAAACGCUGCUGGAACGGGGAAGUCAUGGGGUUCAUCUCCUAACCAGAACCCUCCUAGAGCAUGGGGUGGUGGGACUCAGCAGCAAGGGAGGGGUAACAAUGGCUACGGGAGAGGAAAUGGCAAAGCUUGGGGAGGGCAAGUCUCUACUGGUCGUGGACAAGGGAUGAACAGAGGGUAUGGUAACCCAGCGGCGGCUGUGACUAAACCUCCUUUGGAAGGAGGAUGGAAUUGGCAGUCUAGGCCAGGUGCUGCUCAGCACGCUGUUCCCGAGGAGGUUGUGGAUGGUGAUGAUGAUGAUGUUUCUGAGGGAGAUGAUGAUGAUGAUGGUUUGGAUGAUUCUGAUGAAGACCUUGCGAGUGAUGAUUAUGACUCUGAUGUGAGUCAACAGAGUCACGGGACGAGGAAGCAGAAUAAGUGGUUUAAGAAGUUUUUCGAGAGCUUGGAUAGUUUGUCUAUUGAGCAGAUAAAUGAACCGCAGAGGCAGUGGCAUUGUCCUGCUUGUCAGAACGGGCCUGGUGCUAUUGACUGGUACAACCUUCAGCCACUUCUGGCUCAUGCGAGGACAAAGGGAGCUAGACGUGUUAAGCUACACAGGGAGCUUGCUGAGGUUCUUGACAAGGAUCUGCAGAUGAGGGGAGCGUCUGUGAUUCCCUGUGGUGAGAUUUACGGGCAGUGGAAGGGUUUGGGUGAGGAGGAAAAGGAUCAUGAGAUUGUCUGGCCGCCUAUGGUCAUCAUUAUGAAUACUAGACUUGACAAGGACGACAAUGAUAAGUGGCUAGGCAUGGGCAACCCGGAGCUGCUUGAAUACUUUAACGAGUAUCCUGCUAUUAGGGCACGUCAUUCAUAUGGUCCACAGGGACAUCGUGGGAUGAGUGUUCUGAUCUUUGAGAGUAGCGCCACUGGCUAUUUUGAAGCUGACCGCUUACACAGGGACUUGGCUCAGAAAGGGAUGGAUAGAAGCGCCUGGGACCGUCGCCGCGGUAUGUUUUCUGGAGGUGUUCGCCAACUAUAUGGCUUCCUUGCUACCAAGCAAGAUCUGGAUGUAUUCAAUCAACACUGUCAAGGGAAGACAAGGCUGAAGUACGAAAUGAAAUCGUACCAGGAGUAUGUUGUGAAGGAGCUGAGGCAGAUCGCUGAAGACAACCAGCAGCUAAACUGGUUCAAGAACAAGCUGACAAAACAGAACAAGCACGCCAAGGUGCUGGAGGAGUCUCUUGGAAUCUUGAGCGAGAAGCUGCGUAAGACUGCAGAAGAGAACCGUAUCGUGAAACAGAGAACAAAGAUGCAGCAUGAGCAGAGCAGAGUAGAGAUGGAUUCACAAGACAGAUUUUGCCAAGAGAUAAUCAAGCAGAUACAUGAGAAAAGAGACGCAAAGGAAGAGAAAUUUGAGAUGCAGCAGCAGCAGGAGCGUGCUAAAGUUGUUGAUUUGCGAAAGAGAGCUGAAGAAGUGUCCAUCUUCAUAGAGUGUCAAGAGAAAGAGAUGAAAAUGUUUGUGGAGGAGAGGGAGAAGCUGAUAGAAGAGCAAGAGAAAAAGGUGGCAGAGAUGAAGACGAGGCAUUUCGAGGAGAUGCUUAAUCUUGAGAGGGAGUUUGAUAAGUCGUUGGCGCAGCUCAUGAACAAGCACGGCCAUUGCGAUGCUGAUGACGCUGAAGACUACUAAGCUUUCAACGUUGGCGAAUCUAAGGAGAUUGGAGGAAAAGACCAUUCUCAAUCUCAGUAGGGAUAAAUAAUCUUAAGGAGAUUUAAGACACUAUUAUUAUUCUCCAUUUUCAGUAAAGACGGUUAAGGAAGUGUUUUGUGACCAAAACCAAAGUUUGAAUGUUUGAUAAGUAUCAAAGUUUAGGGGUUCUACUUAAAAGUUUCGAAAUAUUGGGUUAAAUUAAAAGAUAAUUAACAUAGGUACCUAAAGUAUAGGGGUCUUGUGUGCAAUAAUACUAGCAAAGUCAAGAUAUUGGGGAAAUUAAAAGAUAAUUAACAUAU